AUGACGACACCGCUUUCCAAUGUUUUCGCCCAAAUGGCAAAUACACUGGGCGGGCAAUUCGCUUGCCAAAAAUCUGAUCUCUCUCAACAAUGUUCUCAUCCUUAUGCCAUCACUGCUGUACCCCUUCUAUUUUUUUCCCUCUUCCAUCCCCCGCCACCAAGCCUCUUUCGUUUUCACGGCCGCUACGGUUCGCUCGCCGUCUCCGUCUCCGUCUCCGUCUCCAUCUCCAUCUCCAUCUCCAUCUCCAUCUCCAUCUCUCCCCCCAACAAGUCUCCUUAUAUUCAAACUCUCCCUCCUUCCUAA